CAGAACAUGCAGCAAAAGGAGGGAGAUUCAUCUGAUUUGGAACUAAAGCAGCAUGGUAUAGAUGCUCCUACUCAACAACACGAAGAUGAUUCCUCACAGGAGCUUAAUUCCCUUCGUUUGCAGCAUAUACAUGCCAAAGAUGCUUAUCAACUACCGAGGGCUGAACAAAACACACUUCACGCCUUUGAGGUGUUGAAUUUGAAGAGAUCUGAAAAGAAUCCUGAAAAUUUAGAUUCCCGGCAUCUAAACUUGCAGGGAUUGAGUAAUCAACAAUCUAUGCAGUCAUUUCCAACAGGGACUAGCGGUCAGCAAUUGAUGGCAGCAAAGACAAGUUAUCAACCAAAAUCUGCAACUGAUUUGAGUAGCCAACCAGCAAUCGAUGUAGUUAACCAGGGCAAACAAGUGCCUUUUUCCAUCCUUAUCCCUCACAUACAACGCCAACUAGACAAAGACAGGGCGAUGCAUCUUCAGACUCUCUACCUUAAACUCAGGAAAAAUGAAAUCUCUAAGGAAGGUUUUAUACGACACAUGAGAAGUAUAAUAGGUGAGCAGAUGCUCAAAAUGGCUGUAUACAAAUUCCAAUCUCAGGCAGCUAGAAAUGAUCAGGCUGUACCUCAGUCUCAGGCUUCACCACAGCAACACCAGCAAAAUCGAACUGAUGAUUCAAGCAACUUGGCAGGUGAUAGUAAUGCUAAAAAAUUGCAUGAGGUGGAAAACCAAGCAGAUUUGCAUGGAACACCAGGAAGCCAAAUUUCUUCUUCUAGUUUGUUUGCUGUAAAACAAGAAAGAGAUUGUUCAGCAUUCCCAGUAAAGGGUCUUAAUAAGCAACAACAGCAGCAUUUGCACUUUUCACAGGCAUCUUUUCCCAAGUUUGCAAAUAUUGGGGACACCUAUAGUCCAUAUUCUGUAACUAAUGUUAGUUCAUCUAUGGGGACACCAGUCAAACAGCCAUCUAAUGAUAUACAGAUAAGGCAAAUUCCGGCUUAUCCAAAUAGAAAUGCAACUCCAUUAAGAGCCUCAACACAUGCCGUGAAUAUGAUAAAUGCACCUAAGCUUGAAAGACAAAAUUCAUUUGGUGAACCCAAAAGAAUACCAGGUGGAAGUCUUUCUCAUGUGUCAAAUACAUCAACAAUGCAACAGAGUUCACUUCAAUGGUCACGGUCCACCAAUAAAGAGCAGAAAAUUCUUCUUUCGACACCAAUGACCAAUCUAAAGCCUGAACCAAUUGAUCAUUUGCAUGACCAGGGGCAUGAAUCGCAGUUGGCAUCCUUCACAUCAGUUCAAGUAGAACAAGGAAAUUCCAGCUCAGUGAGUUCAAAGGAUGAAGCUUUUAAAGUGCAGACGUCUAGAAUGGGUAUCUCAACAACCACUAGCAUCAAACCUUCAAAUUUACUCUCCCUUUCAGUGUCAUCUCAAAUGGACACUAUUACAUUGUUGAAUUCUAGAACACCUUCUGUGAUAUCUCCCAUUGGGCCCGCAAACAAUGGAAAGAUACCCUUGAAAAUGCCUACUAUCGGGCAGAAGAAGCCUCUCGUUACGCAAGGUUUCUCUCCUCCACCUUCAGGAAAGAAGCAAAAGGUGUCUGGAGCCUUUUCAGAUCAGAGCAUUGAACAACUUAAUGAUGUUACGGCUGUUAGUGGAGUUAAUCUAAAGGAGGAGGAAGAACAACUAUUUUCUGGGCCCAAGGAAGACAGUCGACUUUCUGAAGCAUCUCAUCAAGCUGUGCGAGAAGAAGAGGAAAGGCUGAUUCUGCAGAAAAUUCCGCUUCAAAAGAAAUUGACUGGAAUAAUGGCAAAAUGUGGUUUAAAGAAUAUGAGCAGUGAUGUCGAAAGAUGCUUAUCAUUGUGUGUGGAGGAAAGGAUGCUUGGACUUAUGAGCAGUCUCAUCAGACUAUCGAAACAGGAUUUAUGCCAGAACUAUGAGAUGGAGUACCAUUUAUUUUUGCAGAGGGUCAAUAUUGAGAAGUCAAGACAUAGAACAAUUGUCACCUCAGAUGUUGGUCAACAAAUAAUGUUAAUGAACCGGAAAGUUCGGGAAGAAUGGGAAAAGAAGCAGGCAGAAGCAGAAAAAUUACAAGUGGCAAAUGAACCAGAGGAUGAUAUUGGAGAUGAUGGUGAUAAGGAGAAGGAUGCAGGUUGCAUAAGGUCAAUGAAGGGAAACAAGGAAGAGGAUGACAAGUUGCGGACAACAGCUGCAAAUGUUGCUGCUCGAGCUGCAGUUGGAGGAGAUGAUAUGAUGUCGAAGUGGCAAUUAAUGGCUGAACAGGCCAGGCAGAAGCGAGAAGGGGCACUCGACGUGGUGUCUCAUUCACAGCCUGGUAAAGCCUUAUCAACUCCCACAAGAAAUCUGAGAGACAAUCAAGAAGCUAAGAACAGAACCCCUAUUACACUUGGUGCUGUUAGAAGAGUUGGCAAAAGUCAAGUUGCAUUACACGCCAGGGUUCCUCGCAAUAUUACUGUCAAGGAUGUGAUAGCCGUCCUUGAAAGAGAAGCUCAAAUGUUCAAGUCUACAUUGAUAUACCGCUUCCAUGAAAAAAUGCGGUCUGAUGCUCCAGCUGAAUUAGUUAACAAUAGCGCAUAUUAACCCCCUCCCACAACAAGACCACCGACAAAAAAAGAGAAACAUUAACAAUAGUGUUGUAUGCUGUCAAAGUCGUAUGCCCCGAUGUGGAAGUUCGAGGUUCCGCUCUAGGUCCAAGCUCGGGAGAAGUCAAGUUUGAAACCGGUGGGCCACGUUCGAGCUCUAAGAAAGAGCCUGAUGUUCGGAAGCGGGAGUUCGGAGAAUACCAAGGCCAAGUGUACUCGACCUCGAAAUACUACUGUUAUGGAGUUGUACUAAAGCAAGCUAGAUUUCUGCCAUGUCCCAUAUGUUACGGCGUAAAUCAUGGAAUAGGAUUGUACGAUUUCGUACUAGACGGUUAGAUAGCUGUACCAAGAACAUUCCCUGCCGUAAAUGGAAAUAUUCCUUAUUUAGAAUUCCCCCUUUAUAAGGGAGAUCCCAAUAAUUUGUGACAUUAUCUUUUACUGUGUAGAGAAUAUACUCUCUACUUUUGGCUUGCUAUUCAUCAGAAUUGUUCCUUAGCU